AAAAACUGCAGUAAAGUGAGUGGGGUUGUACAUUGUGUGUAAAUGGAACCUUGGCUCCUAAAUUAUUUGAUGUGAAGGUAUUAAUGUGCAGAAGGACCCUGAGCCUCUGGUGUGUGCUCCUAAAUAGGGCACAGCUCAGAGCAUCUGAAGGUCUCUGACUUAUAGGUCAGAAUCUCCUAAUGAUCUUAGUUAUUUUUAUACAUGCCUGAUACCACAUGUUAUACUGCCCUAAUGCAGAGAAGCAACUCUACAAUCACCAAGUGAGCACACAAAACUGUGGUGGUGAAAACUGUAGGAGAGAAAGAGGAAGAAGAAAGUAAAACACAAAAAAAGAAGGUGAAAUAGCAAGACACAAUAUUAACAUCAAAUAAAAGCACAAGACAGAAGAAAAAGAACAACAAAAAAAAGCAAAUAAAGGUGAUAAAAGGACAAUACAAGGAAAGGACUUUGCCAGCAUUUUCCUUUUGUUCCUUCUUUGUUUAAUCUUGCUUUACGGAGCAAAAUGGGACAACAGUUCACCAAUGCCGAAGGGGAGCAAGCAGAGAUUGAUGUUGCAGAAUUGCAGGAAUGGUAUAAGAAAUUUGUGGUUGAAUGUCCCAGUGGAACCCUCUUCAUGCAUGAAUUCAAGCGGUUCUUCGGGGUCCAGGAUAACCGUGAAGCAGCAGAGUAUAUUGAAAACAUGUUCAGAGCCUUCGAUAAGAAUGGGGAUAAUACCAUUGAUUUUCUGGAAUAUGUAGCUGCCUUGAAUCUUGUUUUACGAGGAAAACUGGAACACAAGCUGAGGUGGACGUUCAAAGUAUAUGACAAGGAUGGGAAUGGCUGCAUAGACAAACCUGAGCUGCUGGAAAUUGUUGAGUCUAUCUACAAGCUGAAGAAAGUGUGUCGGUCAGAGGUGGAGGAGAGGACCCCAUUGCUCACACCAGAGGAGGUUGUGGACAGGAUAUUUCAGUUAGUAGAUGAGAAUGGGGAUGGGCAGCUGUCUCUUGAUGAGUUCAUUGAUGGGGCCAGGAAAGACAAGUGGGUGAUGAAGAUGUUGCAAAUGGAUGUAAACCCUGGGGGAUGGAUCACUGAGCAGAGGAGAAAGAGUGCUUUGUUUUGAGAAAAUUCAGUUUUGAUACAGCUGAAAAUGUGAUGCUGACUACAACUGUGGUUCUAUUACUCUAGGGUGGUAGUGGCUUUCCUUUUUAAUACAAUCUCAGCAUCCAGAUGAAAACUUCAGUGGUUUAAGCAGCCGUAUCUCAAUCUAAACCCCAUGUGCUGCAUACUGCUGGUACCCAGAGUCUAUAUUUGGCCCAUGAAUAAGUCUUUCUCUGGACACAAUAUGGUGUUUGCCAGCUCUGGUUUUUGGUUACAGCCCAAGGAACAAACUUUUUGUGGCUUCCUGCAGUGGAUCGUGGGCAGGGUUUUAGUGUGAUGACAAGAUCGGGAAGUGAGAAAUCCUGACACAGUGGUACUGUCUCCAGUGCAGACUAGUGUUUGCAUCAUUCAUGCCUGCAGAGAUACAAACACAUCAAACCAAAAGAGGUGCUCUGGCAGACUUUAUACAUUCAGGGGGUCAGUAUGCAUAUUUAGUAAACAGUACUAUUGCUAAUGUAAAAUUAUUGAACACCAACAUACCGCUAUCAAAAAUGAGAGUUGGAUUAUAAGCGGUAGCCGAGACAGUACACAGACUUGAGGAAAACAUAAUGUGUGGGCUGGAGACGUGGAGCAGGAACUCCUUGCAUCUCCCUCCUGUGGACCAGAGUCUGCUCCUUCUACCUGUUCAGAGACCUGGGCUUCUGUGGGGCUGGAAAAAGGCUGGUUCCAAACACUGAGCAGCAGUAGAAAUUGUACCUCUUCUUGGCAGCUGCAUAUAAAGGACAGUUUUUGCACAAGUGUGAUUCUGUUCCUUUUGAGCCUGUUUCUUACUGAAUCAUCACUCUAGAACAGCUUUUCCUGCCCCGUGAAGACUGAAUGAGCUCAGGGAGCACCAGGACUUUCACUGCACUGGGAGAAGUUUUGUGUGGAGAGGGAGAUAACGGAAGAGCAGAGUUUUGCUUUGCAGCAUCUCUGCAAUGAGAGGAUUAGCGCUGCUUUAUCGGCAGGACCACAGAAUGGAACAAGUGACAAAAUCAGAGUGAGUUACUGAAGUAGUACAGUGGUUUUACACUGGACUUAAUUUAGCCACAGACUAUAGAAAUAAAAUUUGCACAGGUUGUAGGCUGAGCUCUGCUAUUCUAACCCAUAUUCCUACAUAUACAUGUAUAUGGAAAGAGAAUUUGGGUUGAACCACUAUUUUGGUUCACCAUUAUUGGAUUUAUUGGUUUAUUUGCAAGAAAAUUUUCCCCAAGAAAAUAACACGUGUUUCUCUGUUUUAUUUUAAUUUUCCCAUGGGAUCAGAGGGCCAGGUCAUACCCAAUGAAAAGAUUUGUAAUCCCUUUUUUGUGGCCUUUUAAUUGUGACUGUAGUAUCUUUCAUUAGUUGAUUAGUUUGCUGGUUUGUGGUCUUGUCAAUUUAACCAAUGUUUAAAUUCAGGAACAUGAGGAAGUAUUCAGGAUAAGAUACAAUCAGUGCUAGACUUCAAAUGCAUAUACAUUUCCACUUCUAAAUAGCCUUUCUAAGAGUUCUCAGUAAAUGCACGCUAGCUUGUGGCAUGUUUACUUAUCAGAGCUGAUUAGACUUCUAGUUUAUGCUGCUGUAAGGCAGCUGUUUAAAGAUCAUUCAAGUCAAUAGUUUCAGCCAAAGAUCUGAAAGAAAAAAAAAAAAAAUCUUACUUCUGACUUGAAGGCCUGGAAGAAAAGAUUCACUUUACUGAUUUUCCAACUUGUGGACAAAUGUUUUGAUGGGAGGAUACAAAUCUCGAAUUCCUUAAAUUUCAGCAUCUCAACCAACAUAACAUACUCUGCUUCUUGCACAAUUUUUAAGUGGAUGUUUAGUUACUAUAGUUGUGUACUGCAGGUUUACUUAAAUGCUUUAAAUUCUCUUAUUCUGUUCACCUGGUCAGAUCAGGCAUGGAAGGAGCUGUUUGGUGUCCCCCCCCACCAGCAGUCCUCUGCUGGGGUGGUAGAGGGCAUCCUAACACUGAGCACUUGUACAGCUCUUGGUAGAAAUUUUGUAACAUGAAUUUAAUAAAGAAAGAUUUAUUAAAAUUCUA